GCCUGUCCGUCGGGCAGCUGAGACAUUGGGGGCGGCGGCGGCCAUUUUGGAGCAGAGCGCGGGGCUGCAGGGAGCGCGGGGUGCGGAGGGACCGUGGAUCCCCCCCCCCUUCCCGCCAUGGCAGCCCCGCUCGGUACCAGCGCCCGCGCGGAGGAGACUGGGCAGGAGAAACAGGACACACAAGAGAAGGAAACUGUCACUCCUGAGAAAGCAGAAGAGGCAAAACUGAAGGCCAAAUACCCCAACCUAGGCCAGAAGCCUGGAGGCUCCGACUUCCUCAUGAAGAGACUGCAGAAGGGGCAAAAAUACUUUGAUUCUGGUGACUACAACAUGGCCAAGGCAAAGAUGAAGAACAAGCAGUUGCCAAGUGCAGGGCCAGACAAGAACCUGGUGACAGGAGACCACAUCCCCACACCGCAGGACCUCCCGCAGAGAAAAUCCUCACUUGUAACCAGCAAGCUGGCAGGGUAGCCUGCACUCGCAGGCUGGGUUUUUUCCUAUUUUAUUUUUUUUCUUUUGGCUAAAUGGAUUGAACUUCACUGUACCAUAGGGAUGGGAGCACAAGAAUCCACGUAGUUAUUUGAGUAUUUACAGCAAACACGCACCAGAACUGAGAAGGUGAACGAGCGGUUUCAGUAGCCUGGGAUGCACAGGCAGAUUUGGUUGGGCUGUUCCUUUCAGCGAGUCAGUUUUCUGCCUUAAUAUUCAUGCUGUUUAAAACCAUCCUCGCUUGCAGAGCCACUGAAGCACUGCCUCCUUGCUGGGAGAGUCGAGCAGCCCUGGGAGAAGCAGGGACGUGCUCUGAGGAGUCGCUGUUUGCUUGGCACCGAGUAGGAGGGCAGAGCUCAGAGCUGUAGCAUGUGAAUGCUUUUCAGGCAUCUGGUGUUGGCAGAGGAAAAACCAGCUGGGCAAAAGGUGUGAUUCAUGAUCUGGAAGUUAAGUGUGUGCAUUAGAGCUUCAAAGUGGAGAAAUUAGCUGAUAGGCAAAAAAAAAAUUACAGGCUGUGUUGCUGGGCUGAACUGCCUGGGAUCUGUCCCCUGCUUGCACAAGGCUGAGCUCCCAGGAGGGGACAGUGUGGCUGAUGGCUGUGGGAGAGGGCCUGGUCAGCGUUUGAAACUGUCCCCGUGGCUUGGAGCUGUGGUGAGGUGUUUGCUGUUUCAGGUGUAGAGCCCCACCAUAGCUGCAUCUGAGUGUGGCUGUGAUGGAGGGGUGCAGCGUGGGGCUCACAGCUGCCCCAGAGGGUUUGGGGGCAGUUUCUGUCUCCGUGGUCAGUUCUGGCCAGCGAGGCGGUCUGCUUUGCCGAGGGUGAGAGGCGGCUCCUCUCGCAGCUGCCGGGCAGGCAGCAGAGGUGCUGAGCUGAAUCCCACCAGCAGCAGGGUGCUUGGGGCAGAGGAGCUCGUGGCCAAGCCACAG